GGAGGGUGCAGGGGCCGGAUUGGAAUUGGGCCAGAGUGUGUGGGUGGAGACUCUUUUGGGAAGACUUGAUCCCCAUGUGCCUCGAAUUCCCUCCACACUUGUUUCCCAGCCAUGCCCGCGCAGUGGAGAGUCAUGCUGCUGUGGAUUUGUGUGUGCAUCUGGCUUCCAGCUCAGGCCCACGGAGCUCUGGUCGUUUCUCGCAGAGAUGAUCUGACACAGUCAUACUAUGCUGUGUUCCAGGAGACCAAAGAAGCUAUGGGCCCCAGGUCAAUAAAGAAAAGAAGCACAAACUCUGCAGAUGGAAUGAGUGGAAAUGGUCCGGUUAAAUCCUACAGGGCUGAGGAGGAAAAGUGGAAACAGAUGGUGGAGGUGUUCAGUGUGAGAGUGGACUGCACUGUGACGUCUCGUUUCGCCCACACCGUCAUGACCUCCAAGGCUCUGAACAAAGCAAACGCCUCCCAGGAAAUCUUCUUCGAAAUGGAUCUGCCCAAGACCGCCUUCAUUGCCAACUUCAGCAUGGAAAUUGAUGGUCAGACGUAUGUUGGGGCGGUGAAGGAGAAAGAGAAAGCCAAGAAACAGUAUGAGAAGGCAGUUUCCUCUGGACAGACUGCUGGACUGGUCAAGGCUUCUGGAAGAAAGAUGGAGAAGUUUUCAGUGUCUGUCAAUAUCGCAGCCAAAAGUAACGUGACUUUCAUUCUGACCUACGAGGAGCUCCUUCAGAGGAAAAAGGGCCAGUACGAGAUUCUGACUCGAAUUAAACCCAAACAACCGGUGCAGGAGUUUCAGAUUGUGACAAACAUCUAUGAGCCUAAGGGCAUUUCUUAUGUGGAUGCCCAUGCAACCUUCCUCUCCAAUGAGCUGCUCCCUCUAGUGGUGAAGACCAUCACAGACAACAAGGCACACAUCUCUUUCUCACCAACUAUGGAGGAGCAGAGGAAGUGUUCAGAUUGUGAUGGAACAAUCAUCGACGGAGAUUUUGUCAUCACGUAUGACGUGAACCGAGCAAAGAGCCUCUGGGACAUUCAGAUUGUGAACGGAUACUUUGUGCACUUCUUUGCUCCCCCUGACCUGCCCAGAGUCCCAAAGAAUGUGGUAUUUGUGAUUGACAGGAGCGGAUCAAUGAGUGGAGGAAAGAUGGUACAGACACGAGAGGCAAUGCUGGCCAUCCUCAAAGACCUCCACGAGGAAGACCACUUUGCCCUCAUUAAGUUUGAUAACAGAAUCGAAUCUUGGAGGAACUCACUUACCAAAGCAACCAAGGAAAAUGUGUCUGAAGGCAUGGCUUACGUCAAAAAGAUACGGGAUAAUGGAUCAACCAAUAUUAAUGAUGCAUUGUUGAGAGCCGUGAACAUGCUGCUCGAAGACAGGAAGGAGAAGAAGCUCCCAGAGAGGAGCAUCGAUAUGAUUAUUUUACUGACUGAUGGGAUGCCAAAUGAUGGAGAGUCUAGAAUCCCGAAUAUCCAGGCGAAUGUUCGUUCUGCUAUCGGAGGAAACAUGUCUCUGUUCUGUCUUGGAUUUGGAAAUGAUGUGGAUUACUCCUUCCUGGAUGUGAUGAGCAGACAAAACAAGGGAGUGGCUCGGAGAAUCUUUGAGGGUUCAGAUGCGGUCAUUCAACUUCAGGGUUUCUAUGAGGAGGUGUCCAGCCCUCUGCUCUUGGAGGUGGACCUGCGUUAUCCUGAGAACGCAGUGGACUCCCUGACUACUAACCACUUCAGCCAGUUGUUUAACGGCUCAGAGAUCGUGGUGGCCGGGCGACUAACCGACAAUGACAUGGAUAACUUCAUGGUGGAAGUGUUCGCUCAGGGGCCUAAAGAGGACUUCCAGGCGCAGGGAAAGGCCAGUGAGGUAAACUUGGAAGUGAUCUACCCUGGACAGGAGUACAUAUUUGGGGAUUUCUCAGAGCGUCUGUGGGCCUACCUCACCAUCCAGCAGCUACUGGAGAACAGUGAUAUUGGUACUCAGCAGGAGAAAGACAAUGUGACAGCCAAGGCCCUGGACUUGUCCCUGCGAUACAGCUUCGUCACUCCUGUCACCUCCAUGGUGGUCACCAAGCCUGAAAUGGAGGACGGACCAGACGGCCCUCUCAUCGCUGACAAACUGACUGAGGACCAGCGGCAGAAAGCAGAGAGACACAUGGGUCCCUCGGCCCAUGGUGCCAGUUCCCACGUUGCCAGUUCCCACGUUGCCAGUUCCCGUGGUGGCAGUUCCCGUGGUGGCAGUUCCCGUGGUGGCAGUUCCCGUGGUGGCAGUUCCCGUGGUGGCAGUUCCCGUGGUGGCAGUUCAGAUGUGGACGGAGAUCCUCAUUUCAUGAUAGAGCUGCCAGAAAGAGAUGACGCUCUGUGCUUCAACAUCAACGACAAACCAGGAACCAUUUUCAACCUGGUCAGGGACCCAAAAUCAGGUUUUGUGGUGAACGGCCAAAUUAUCGGCAAGAAGAAAAUUGUUCCGGAUGGUAACAUCAAUACCUACUUUGGCCGUUUUGGUAUCAUCCACCAGAAGCUGGGGGUGAGGCUGGAGGUAAGCACUCAGGACAUCUCAGUCUUCCAUGAUGGCAAGCAGGUCAAGCUGCUGUGGUCUGAUACAGCCUCUAUCAAAGAAACCAAUAUGGACUUCAGGUUAACUAAGAACUGCAGCCUGACAGUGAGUCUGAGGCACUCGGUUAAAUUUACGAUCAUUAGACACACAAAGGUUUGGAAGAAACGCCACGACCAACAAGACUACCUGGGUUUCUACACCCUGGACAGCCACCACUUGUCUGCUUCAGUUCAUGGACUGCUAGGUCAGUUCUACCAUGGGGUUGGGUUUGAGGUGACAGACCUGCGUCCAGUUGAGGGCCAGGAGAAAUUAGAUGCCACCAUGUAUGUGAAGGGACAAACACUCAACGUCACCAGACACUGGCAGAAGGACUUCAGCAGGGAUGUGAAGGAUGGGGAAAAUAUUCCCUGUUGGUUUGUUAACAGUGAUGGAACAGGCCUCAUCGAUGGAAGAGCCUCAGACUACAUUGUGUCCAGGCUUUUUAAGGCUGCUUUUUGAAUGUUGAAAAGUCAAAAUCUAGUGUUGCACUGGGGUCACAUUAUUAUGGCGAGAGAUAGCAGAUUGUAGUGAGUCACAGUGUGUCUUCAUAUAAACGUCACACACACGCUGAAAUAAACAUUAUAAAUCCCAGGAUACUUAUUUUCCUGUAAAGUGGCAAUACAAAAUAACAAUUAGGAUUCCAAAUCUCAUAACGGACAUUACUUACUAAAUAAUAGAUGGAAUGACAAUGUGUGCACUUUGUGAAAAUUAGAACGCAACGUAAGGUGUGUUUUUAAUGGAUGUAUUUACUGAAGACAUAUGAAAUAUGGUGCGUAAAGCUUUCCAAUUUUAUGCAGUCGUAGGAUUAUAUAAGUCUGCAUACUUUACAUACCAUUGCCUUUAAACUGAAUGUACUUUAUGGCCUGACCCCAGGCCACAACUAUACCAACUGUGUUUUGCCUCAUACUGCUUUGUGAUCUGCACCUUGAUUCACAAAAAUAUUGCCCUUCACCUCCUCGAGAAGAGGUGGACAAUAAUUAGUUGGCGUUUACGGACUGUGUGACAGUGGUGUUGCCCCCAAAAAACGGGAAAAUCUACACUGGUGUAAACAAAAACCCACCCACAUACUGUACUUCCUCGACUCUUACUAUAACUGUAACUGGGCUUAAUGCCAACCUUGCACCACCAGAGAGAAAUAAUCAAUAACAUAAUCCUGCGGAUGUGCUUCUUGCGAUUUUAUUAUGGAAAAAUUGUAGACUUAUGUAACUAUUAUUAUCAUUAUUAUUAGGAUUUAAUGUGUUUAAUGCCAUUUCAAUCCAGCCACAGGUUGCUGUUUCUUUUAAAUGUUAUAGGUAAAAAUAAUUAGACUUUAAAUUAAAAUUUAGUCUACAUUAUAUCCCGUGUUGUUGACUGUUUGGACAUUGGUUUUGUAUGUAACCACAAUAAAUGCACAUGUACACCA